AUGAUCAAGGACUCGCUUGACUUCGCCGAAGAACACAGAGACCAGGCCCUCCUCCGGAUCCAAAACUACCAACAGUUGGCAGCAAAGUACUACAACAAGAGAACGUUCAGCAGAUCUUUCGCCAAAGGCGACCUCGUCCUACGCAAAGUGUUUGAAAACACUAGAGAAGUCAACGCAGGGAAGCUCGGCGCUAACGGGGAAGGCCCCUACAUCAUAACCAUGAUCGUCAAGCCGGGAGUCUACAGGCUAGCAGCGAUGGACGGCACCGAAAUCCUGAGGUCUUGGAACUCGAUAAACCUCAAACGCUUCUACUACUGA